CUGGACUCGCCCGCCCCGCGGUGCCCGCUGCCCACAGCCCGGCUCCAGCAGGUCCGGCCUCGGGCCGGAGCCAACGCCACGGCCAGCGAAGGUCAGAGAUCUCUUGCCUCCCUCAACUCCCUCCAGGAGUCGCCACCCCAGGACUAGCAUAUGGGUGAGGGGGCACCCCCUGGGGCCUGAGCUGCCCCGCCCAGGAUGCCCCGUGCCCUUCACUUCAUGCCCCUGCUGCUGCUGCUGCUCUCACUGCCCCCUUCCCAGGCUGCCUUCCCCCGGGACCCCCUCCCUCUGCUCACCUUUGACCUGCAAGGUACUUCUCCAUCCUUCUGGUUUCGGGGCCUGGAGGAUGACACUGAGGCUGCUGAACUUGGGCUGGACUUUCAGAGGUUCCUGACUUUGAACCGGACCCUGCUGGUGGCUGCCCGGGAUCAUGUUUUCUCCUUUGAUCUUCAAGCCCAAGAAGAAGGGUUGGUGCCCACCAAGUACCUGACAUGGAGGAGCCAAGACAUGGAGAACUGUGCAGUCCGGGGCAAGCUGACGGACGAGUGCUACAACUACAUCCGCGUCCUCGUGCCCUGGGAUGGCCAGACACUCCUGGCCUGCGGAACAAACUCCUUCAGCCCUGUGUGCCGCAACUAUGGGGUCAUUUCGCUACAGCAGGAGGGUGAGGAACUGAGUGGGCAGGCCCGGUGCCCCUUUGAUGCCACGCAGUCCAAUGUGGCCGUGUUUGCAGAGGGCAGCCUGUACUCAGCCACUGCUGCAGACUUCCAGGCCAGCGAUGCGGUCGUCUACCGAAGUCUGGGGCCUCAGCCCCCGCUGCGCUCCGCCAAGUAUGACUCCAAGUGGCUCCGAGAGCCACACUUUAUCCAGGCCCUGGAGCACGGAGACCAUGUCUACUUCUUCUUCCGAGAGGUUUCUGUGGAGGAUGCCCGGCUAGGAAGGGUACAGUUCUCCCGGGUGGCUCGAGUGUGUAAGCGGGACAUGGGUGGCUCCCCCCGAGCCCUGGACCGCCACUGGACCUCCUUUCUGAAGCUGCGGCUCAACUGCUCGGUGCCUGGGGACUCCACCUUCUACUUUGACGUCCUCCAGGCUUUGACAGGUCCUGUCAGCUUGCAUGGCCGCCCUGCUCUCUUUGGGGUCUUCACCACCCAGACCAACAGCAUCCCUGGCUCUGCGGUCUGCGCCUUCUACCUGGAUGAUGUUGAACGUGGGUUUGAGGGCAAGUUCAAGGAGCAGAGGAGUGUGGAUGGGGCCUGGACAUCUGUGUCUGAGGACAGAGUCCCCUCUCCCAGACCAGGAUCAUGUGCAGGAGUAGGUGGGGCUGCCUCAUUCUCAUCCUCCCGAGACCUCCCAGAUGAAGUCUUGACCUUCAUUAAGGCUCACCCACUGCUGGACCCUGCCAUUCCACCCGCCACCCAUCAGCCUCUGCUCACCCUCACCAGCAGGGCCCUGCUGACUCAGGUAGCUGUGGAUAGCAUGGCUGGCCCCUUCCACAACACCACGGUCCUAUUUCUUGGCUCCAGUGAUGGGACGGUGCUGAAGGUGCUCCCCCCAGGGGGGUCUUCUGGGGGGCGAGAGCCCAUCAUCUUGGAAGAGAUCAAUGUCUACAGCCCUUCUCGGUGCAGUGGGAAGCGGGCAGCCCAGGUGGCCCGCCGGGUGAUCGGGCUGGAGCUGGAUGUGGAAGGUCACAGGCUCUUUGUGGCGUUUUCAGGCUGCAUCAUCUACCUUCCUCUCAGCCGCUGCACCCACCACGGGGCUUGCCGGAGGAGCUGCCUAGCUUCUCAGGACCCCUACUGUGGAUGGCAUAGUUCCAGAGGCUGUGUGGAUAUCAGGGGGUCUGCUGGGACUGAUGUCGUUCCAGCUGGGGACCAGAACUCCAUGGAGCAUGGUGAUUGCCAAGAUGGAGCUACUGGGAGUCAGUCUGGUAUGGGCGACCCUGCUUAUGUGCUUCUGGGUCCUGGCCCUUCCCUUGAGACCCCCAGCCCCCCCAGUGAUGCCCAUCCCAGGUCCCAGUCUUCCACUCUUGGAGCUCACACGCAGGGCGUGCGCCGGGAGCUCCCCGCAGCCUCCGCCUCGCGCUCGGUUCCCGUCCCUCUGCUCCUGGCCUGCGUGGCCGCGGCCUUCGCCCUGGGCGCCUCGGUGUCGGGGCUGCUGGUGUCCUGCGCCUGCCGCCGCGCGCGCCGCCGCGGGAGCAAAGACCUGGAGGCGCCCGGGCUGCCGCGCCCGCUGUCGCUGCGCAGCCUGGCCCGCCUGCACGGAGCCGGCCCCGAGCCGCCGCCGGCCGCCAAGGACGCGGACGCGGCGCAGACGCCGCAGCUCUACACCACCUUCCUGCCGCCGCCCGAGCCCGUGCCCCCGCCCGAGCUGGCCUGCCUGCCCACGCCCGAGUCCACGCCCGAGCUGCCCGCCAAGCACCCGCGUCCCCUGAGCGCCGCCGCCGCUGCUGCCGCCGCCGCCGCCAGGCCCUGGGAGUGGAACCAGAACGGCAACAACGCCAAGGAGGGCCCGGGCCGGGCCGCCGGGGGAGGCCCCGCGCCGCGCGUGCUGGUCAGGCCGCCGCCGCCCGGCUGCCCCGGCCAGGCCGUGGAGGUGACCACGCUGGAGGAGCUGCUGCGCUACCUGCACGGCCCGCAGCCGCCGCGCAAGGGGCCCGCCGCCAACCCCGCGCCCGCCCCGCUGGCCGGUGCCGGCCCCGGCCCGCUGCCCCGCGAGUGCGCCCCGCCGCUGCGGCUGGACGUGCCCCCCGAGGCCCGGCGCCCCGGCCCCGCCGCCCGGCCCGCGCCCCGCCUGGGCGUCGGAACUCGCCGGCCGCCCUGCGCCGCUCCGCGCGCGCCCCCGGCUCUGCUCACGCGGGUGCCGUCCGGGGGCCCCUCCCGGUACGCGGGGGCUCCGGGCAGACACCUCCUCUACCUGGGCCGGCCAGAGGGCUACCGGGGCCGCGCCCUCAAGAGGGUGGACGCCGACAAGCCCCAGCCGCCCACCAAGGCGCCCCUCGCCCAGCCGGCCGGCCCCGGCGGCCAUUUUAACUUCUGAGGGAGCGAAGGCCUGGCCGAGGGCCGAGGGCUCGGACCGCCCGUCCUGGACUCCGAGAGUCCCCGGGGCCGCCGCCCGCCCGCCCCGGCUUAAUUUAUUGACUGUCUCCCCUUCCUCGAGAGGGGCGUGGGAGGUGAGAGGCUCGGCCCCCGUGAGCCACCUUUUUUUGGGGGACCUGCCCGCUCCCACGCCCCCCUCCCUCAGCCAAGCUGCCUUAACUCGCCGCUCCGCUCCGGGCUUCCUUCACGGACUGGGCCCCGGGCGGGCGCGGGCGGGGCCCCGCGCCUCGUGAAUCAGUCCCCUGGCCUCCGGGACGUGCUUCCUUCUCCUACUGUGUAGGAGCCUCCGCCCCCAAUACAGCCGUGUCCCCAGCCGCUGCCUGACUUUCCUGGGUGGGGGGCGACCGAGCCAGGCCUGGGCCUCGAGCUCCCCACGGAGCCAUCGCGAAGACUGGCUUCCUACCGGGGUUAACCAGGAAAGGCUUCCUGAAGGAAGCCCGCGAAGAAGUGCGUGGAGAGGCGCCAAGGGCCCGGGGGCAGGGGAGGGCACUCGGAGCACGAGUCUGGAUUAAGGUCGGACGAAUGUUCUCGAAACUUAUUGGGGGCGAAAUAAAAUGAAGCUGCAGCGGAUGUGGCUGGAGUUUCGCAGCAGGAA